AUGUGGAAGAGUGUAUCCGAAGGAUCAAAGCUUUGCUUCCUCCUGGCCAUAUGCUCUGCACCCACAACACUCCUGCACCCACAACACUCCUGCCCCUACAACAGGAAAGCUUCCCAUUAUGAAGAGGACAAGUCCGAUUUCCUUGAUGACGCUGGAAAACGCCAAUAUCAGAUGUUGGUUGGCAUGGUCCAAUGGGCCGUGACCAUUGGACAAAUGGACAUUGCAUAUGCAGUCUCUUUGCUCAGUCGCUUUUCCUCAGCGCCUCGCAAAGGCCAUCUGGAGUUAGCUUUCUACCUUUUUGGCUAUCUAAAGAAAUUCCCCAACAAGCAACUGCCUGUUGACUCACGUCCCCCUGAACUUUGCCCGACACUCACAGCGACCAAAGGUGCAUUCAAGGCAGAUUUCCUUGAAGAAUAUCCGGAUGCAAAGGAGGACCAAGAUUGCAGGGAACCCAAAGCCUUUGGAAAGCCAGUGCAAACAAGUGUCUUCUUUGAUGCCAAUCUGGCACACAACCUAGUUACUCGGCUGUCCAUAACUGGACUCCUUGUCUACGUUGGAAGCGCUCUUGUAUCAUGGACUCCCAAGCACAUGUUGCUCUGA